AUGUCCGGCGCAACCCCGCUCGUCCCCGGCAUGGCUAUCGUUUCAGGCAGCUUCAAUUCCUCCUCGUGCCGUCAUCCCGAGUGUGGAUGUCCAGAAUACGAGCCCCCAUCAUCCGACGCCGAACAAACUCAACACGAGCACAUUGCUCAUCCCGUGCGGACGGUCGACUCAACGGUCGAGGCAACGGCCAAUCUACGAAGUGUCCCACUUACUCCUCGGCGAGCCUGGCUUCUUUCGGCCUGCGGUACAUGCGAGCAUUACACGGGAUGGCACAAGUCUCCUAUACAUCUCACAUCUACCCAGGCCAACGAGAUGAGAGAACGUGAUGGGGACGCUCUCGAAUUUUGCAAGGCCAAGACGACCGAGGGGAAACCUUGUCCUUGUCCGGCCUUCGUGCCUAAAACGAGACAGCGUCAAGCGACGAUGGUGUGCGCUCUUUGCGAGUGUAAGAAGGGCUGGCAUAAGUACAAGCAGGAUGAAAGGAUCGUGAGUCCUCCAGAACCUCCUUCGAGAUGGGAUAUGGAUAUAGACUGAUUGGGGAAGAGACCGUCUCGGUCCAGUCGUCUGUGGGGGUCCAGUCACGUGCCACUGUCGAAUCGCAGGAGAACACUGCAGUGGGUCAGGUAGCAUCACUACCGUCACUCAUCCCGGAAGCUUCAUUCGAGGUUACUGCCAACCAAGAUCUAUUUACGUCCGGCUCGAUCACUAUCCCACCACUCCAGUCCGCUUCAGCCCAAGGCAAACGAGUCGAUCGGACUCCCGACGAGAGUUCUGCGAUGGGCUCGUCUCCGACCAAUUCACCCUCAACAAUAACUUCCGAUGCCGUGAAUCUCCUUAUCCCAAAUGUUUUCAAGAACAUCAUCGAUGCCCAAACUCUACCAUCACCGAUUCCGGUUUCCUCGACCGGAGAUGACGCGGAGGGGCGGGAUGGGCUCAGUGCGCAGCAGACGCAAGCGAAAGAGAUGGAGCACUACGAUCUCGAUGGAACCUCCCGCGUGGGUGGUUCGGGGAUGAGGGAGGAUCGACAAUCAUUCGCCACCACUUUAACACAGCCUCUCGAUUCCAUGGCAUCGCCCUCAUCGACAUCGACGCCUCCGAUCGAAGAACUGGCGCCUACCACAAUACCGACGCACUCGGUGCAAUACGGAAUCGCCGUGACCACUCCCAGGGCCAUCUCCAACUACUCUCCGAGUAUUGAACCCACUAUCCGAGACGUGGGUAUCUACUCCGCCAAGAGCAUGAAGCUCGCCGUCGAACCGGCGAUCGCGAAUAAUCGUACCUGGGCACCGGGACAGAAGUUCGACAUGCGACUCAAGUUAGACGAUUCGGUGUCCAAGGCCGAUUUUGAGGUUUUGGAGUGCAAGAUUUUUGCCACCAUCGCGAUCAACUCGGUGAGUAAGGCUAGUCUCAAGAAGACUCGACGCUAUGCACCACACCUGACAAGCGUCAAUUGGGUGCUGCUCAGAUCACCUUAGAUCGCCACCAAUGCGCCAUGACACGAGUCGGCAUACUUCCCGUCCAAUCAUCCUCCGUCAACGCCCCGAAUUUCAACGAAAGAUGCUUCUACUGGACGUUGACGCUUCCUGUCGAAUCGACGUGUGGCUGUCUUCCUCGCUGUCCUGCCCCCUCGACGUAUUCGCAUAGCGGUUUCUAUGUCGAUUGGGUUCUGGAACUGACGGCGAAGAAAAAGGGACUGUUUGGGGGCAAGAAUGAAAAGUAAGUGCUUCUUCCCAUUGAGGAAGUUGGGGUUGGGGUCAGAAAUGACUCACGCGCCUGGUGGUCGUUAUCAGGCUUGUUCUGCACUUCAACGUCGCUGCCCAAUCGUCGGGUCUGGAGUCCCCAGUACGAAGUCUCGAUGACCCCAGUGAGCCAGGAUCAACUGGGUGGAGAUCGAUCUUCAAGGAAGGACUCCGCUAUGAAAUAGAAGGGACCUCACGAUGCAUCGUCGAGCCUCGGGUGGGUCAUCGAACUUCCCGGUCUUAGCGAGCUCCUAGACCCGAAUUGACGCUCAACCUCAAUUCGCAGAUCGAAUACCGAUCCUGUCGGACCAUCGAAGUCUCGAGCUCACCCACGUCCAAAUCUUGUAUCAAGAUUCACUAUCGGAUCUCGGCACCCCUUGAAUCCAUCUCGGCGCUUCCCAUCGUAGCAUUCUGGGAACCCCCGUCCGUGCCCGGCGCCUCUCAGCAACACAUUGUCCGUCUCGAGCGCACAGCUCAACUCAUCAAGCGCACGGAACUUGGAGUCGGGGUGGCGAAGAUUGAUUGUGCGGCUGUACAUCAAACUCAGGUGGUGAUGACUUCGCCUGAGGACGAGUUGAGUCGGGCUGCGGCUGAUUCAGGGAGGAGGUGGUGGCGAGUCGAAGGGUAUCUCGUCGUUCCUUCGAACGAGAUGAGGGAUUUGAGGAGCUGCAGGGCAGCGGUACAGUGAGUGUCAUACCUCAUCGCAACCUCAAACCUCUGUGUAGCUUUAAGUACUGGGGACUGACCUUCUGACCAUUCGCGCAUCACAGGUUCAGACUGAAAGUCACCAUCCCCUUCAGGGGUUGGGUCAGGUGCGCCGAUGUCCUGCAGCUGCCUCAACCUAUGCACUGGAUCGACUUCGAGAUUCCAGAUAUGGCCAUGCCACCACUCUUCGUCCAUGACGAUGACUCGGUCACUUUUGACGCUAAAGCGAAUGGCUCGUCGUCCCCCGGUCAGAGUAUGAAGCCUACGUUGACGAGCUCCAGCGGGGCGUUCGUCCAUGACCCCCGAGCGGAGGGGCCGGAUACUUCUGGCUCUGCGGAAUCAAAGAAAGUGCGGGAAAAUAUGCGAGGGAACACCUCGAGUGGUACGACGUCGCAAGAGAGUUUUUCACCGACUUCACCGACUUCACCUUCGAAAUCGAGUCGGCGCGGUUCGUUCUUUUCGCGACUCCUUUCGAAUCAAGAGCAUCGUGUGCAGACAGCGGUCUCAGCACCAACACUACCCCCACCCAAUUCGACAAUCCGCAAUACCGCAAUCGCCCAACCUUCAGGCACUCCACUCCAACGAGCGCGUUCCGCUCCAAGUCAGAUGCUCGAAAACCCUUCCAGGACGACACCCACCCAGCUUCCAGUUCAAGCACGUCUCCCCACCUUCGACGAGUUACAUGUAGAAGAGGAAGUAGACGCUCCACCACCGACAUUUGAGGAGGCGACGGAGGAAGACUCGAGGUACGUUUGGGAGAGGAUCAUGCAGCGUUUGGAGGAUUAG